GCUACAACGGCCUGGGGCGACAACUUGGCCGCAGCAGCGGCCAUGCCACAGCAAGCAGCAUACCCCGCGAGCGACCCGUACGUCAACACGCCAGAUGAGCACUACAUGAUGGAGGAUUUCUUUGGCGACAGCGACACGGAGUCGGACGAAGAUCAGCAGGACCCAGAGUGUACGGACGAGGCAAUAGAGGCAUAUGCAUCGAGUCUCCUUCCCCCUGGAGUGCCGGCCAACAGGACGAAUAUCACGACGGUGUUGUACGAGACAUACCUCAACAUAAAGAAGCGUUAUAGAGCCUACACGAAGAAGACGACGAAGUUCAGACGGUUCAAUCGGCGAUACUACGGUCGGCGCUCAGGACAAGGCAAAGGAGGAUUUCGGCGACAAUUCGGCAAGCCAAGCCACUUCCCCGUCGAAGAGCAGCAUGACCCCACGUACUUCAAGGGUGGAAAGGGGAAGGGCAACAGCUUCCGUGGACACGGCAAGAACAGAAAGGACCCAGUCACAGGCGAAGUGAUGAAGUGCCACGAGUGCGGUAGCGACGAACACCUGCGGAGGAAUUGCCCCAAGCUUCAUCACCUGACGCAUGCGGCAGCGACGUACGCACCAAUCUUGGAAUGGUCUCAGAUCGUCGCAGACGGCAUGGGCUUCCCGACGGACAUCAACACGGACCACGUCACACACCAGGAGCGACAGCUGCGGGAACUGAUGACCAGGAGCUUCAAUCCCCAACAGCCUCAGCAGGCAGUCGCGGCAGAACAUCAACAUACAUCGAUCUUGCAUCAGCUUCGCAUCUUGGAUCAGACGGCGAACGACGGAGAACAGAUAUCAGCGAGAUUCUUCCCCUGGUGGAACCUGGACGUGGAGCUGGACGAGACCAGCAGUUUCAACGCGGCGAACUUGAACGACGAGCAGAUCUUCCUCCUCAAGACGAAGUUGCCAGGCGAAGGACGGGAAGGACUUCUAGUGGACACCGGCGCACACGACAAUCUGGUGGGCAACCUGUUCAUCAUGCGCGUCCUGAACAUCUUGAGCGAGCAAGGCAUGAUGGACAAGGUGAAGUGGCAAAAGCUUCCCAAGCCCAUCAACGUGUCAGGUGUCGGCAAGGAGAGCCAACUCGUCGAGUGGGCCAUCACGAUUCCUCUAAAGGUCAUCGCGAACGAUGUGAAGAGCGACACUACCUACACGGCCCCAGUCGUCGGCACCGAGGAGGAUCCAUCCACAAUACCAGCGUUGUGGGGCAUCAAGUCUAUGAGACAUCAGCGGGCAGUCAUCGACCUGGUCAAUAACGAGAUACAUUUAUGCGGGCCAGGCCGAGUAUAUAUUAACACACCUCAUGGUACUUCUACGUUGAAGAUCGAGAGCAGCAUGAGUGGACACCCGCUGGUACCAUGCACGGAGUUCGACAAGCACAAGAGGAAGGUCACCUUCAAGGCGGAGCCGCAGUACGCGACGGAGCACCAGAGCGACGUCGUG